CCUCCAGCAAAGCGCCAUUUUCGGCGUUGUUACGGGACUACAGCAUGCCGAUGUCAAACAGAUAAUAAGACUAGUAUUUAACGUUGUGAGACAUUUUUUUCAGUAUUCUUAAAAAUGGGACGAAAAAAGAAGAAGCAGAUGAAGCCGUGGUGCUGGUACUGUAAUCGAGACUUCGAUGAUGAAAAGAUCCUCAUUCAGCAUCAGAAGGCAAAGCAUUUUAAAUGCCAUAUUUGCCACAAGAAGUUGUACACAGGCCCGGGCUUGGCUAUCCAUUGCAUGCAGGUUCACAAAGAGACAAUUGACAGUGUACCGAAUGCAAUUCCUGGAAGAACAGACAUCGAGCUGGAGAUCUACGGCAUGGAGGGGAUUCCAGAAAAAGAUAUGCAAGAAAGAAGACGAACGUUAGAGCAGAAAUCACAAGAAAGUCAAAAGAAAAAAUCAAAUCAGGAUGACUCUGAUGAGGACGAUGACGAUGAUGAUGAAGCAGGACCAUCAACUCAUCAGGUUCCUGCUGUCCAACCCCAAGCUGGGUAUGCUGCUCCAAUGGCCCAGCUUGGGAUUCCUCCCGUGGCUGGGACACCUGGGAUGCACCCUGGAGGAUAUCAAGGAAUGCCUCCCAUGAUGCCAGGCGUUCCUCCCAUGAUGCACGGCAUGCCCCCUGCCAUGCAUGGAAUGCCUCCAGGUAUGAUGCCAAUGGGUGGAAUGAUGCCUCCCAUGAUGCCAGGGAUGCCCGGUAUACCCCACGGAAUGCCACCCCACAUGGCUCCAAGGCCAGGGAUGCCCCAUAUGGCCCCAGCCCCCGCAGCAGGAGCGAUACCCAGUCGACCGGCAGUACCAGUGGCUCAGCCCGCCGUCACCAAACCUCUCUUUCCCAGUGCAGCACAGAUGGGCGCUGGUGUUCACAGCAGCACAGCAGCCGUUUCCUCACCACCCGCAGACCUUCAGUCUGUCUCCUCCCAGCCUCCCUUUCCUAACACUCCACAAGCCCAGCAGAGCACUUCAGGAGCUGUCGCUUCAAACUCCCACAGUACAGCCGCCUCCUCCGACCCUCCCAAAGCGACAUUCCCUGCCUACACCCAGCCCUCUAUCUCUUCUUCCUCUUCCACUUCCUCUUCUUCUAACCCCUCUAGCAGCACUGUGGCCAAACCCCCGGCCACAGUGACCAACAAGCCUGCCAUCCUCACCACCACGAGUGCAACUAGUAAGUUGAUCCAUCCUGAUGAGGAUAUCUCACUGGAAGAGAUGAAGGCCCAGUUGCCUCGUUACCAGCGUCUUACACCCAGGCCGGGUCAGGCCCAUGCGGCUGCUCCCCCAGUGGCGGCCGUGGGGGGCAUAAUGCCCCCACAGCAAGGCAUGCCACCACAGCAGCCGGGCAUGAGGCAUCCCAUGCAUGGUCAGUAUGGUGCUCCUCCUCAGGGCAUGCCAAGCUACAUGCCUGGAGGGAUGCCUCCAUAUGGGCAGGGUCCUCCUAUGGUGCCCCCGUACCAGGGAGGCCCUCCCAUGGGCAUGAGGCCGCCCGUCAUGUCUCCGGCUGGACGCUACUGAAGCAGCAAAGCAGCCACCACAUUAGGUUUGAGGUUAACACCUUUCUCUCAUCCUUGUGCUUUUUCAAACCUAGCUGCAAGCAAAGAGCAGUAAG